ACCCUUAAAUUGGAAUUGGGUUUUGCUUCAGCCGCACGGACUCCGGAGUGAGUGGUGACCACUGUGAACCGCCUUCGUUUUCUUUUCCCGAAACUGAAACGACGCACAUCCCUUUUUGCUGCCAACACAACUCAGCCGUCUCUCUCUUUUUCUCUCCCGCCACCGCCGCCGCCGCCACAACCGCCCCUUUUUACAAAGUUCUCUCGGCAUUUUCGUGAAGGUUCAAUCACUUUAAACUGAUUAUUCCUGCUAUGGUGGACGUUAAUAAUCUUGUAGCCCCUGGCACUGAUUCAGAAACAUAAACCGAUAUGCGAAGCCGAAAGAAAUCUAUUGUCUGGGAGUACUUCACUGUGAAAACUGUUAGCCCUGGAUGUGCUAAGGCUUACUGUAAACAAUGCAAUAAGGAAUUUGCUUACAUGACAGGUUCAAAACAAUCUGGCACAAGCCAUCUCAAGAGGCACAUUUCAUUAGGAAUCUGUCUGAAAAAUCACCAAACCCCUUCUGGAGAAGAUAAUGUUCAGCCGCCAAAGAAACAUUUCACAAAAGCAAUGUCUCACGAUGCCCACAUACCAUUUGACCAGGAGCAAUGCAAUGACAACAUAGCUAAGAUGAUCAUUUUGCAUGACUAUCCACUUCAUAUUGUGGAACACCAGGGUUUCAUUGAUUUUGUGCGGUUACUUCAACCUCAGUACAAUCCACUAAGCUUAAAAGAUGUUCAAGGGGAUUGCGUCGCAAUGUACCUCAGAGAAAAGCAAAGCCUCUUAAAUGUCAUCAAUGGGAUUCCUGGACGAGUCAACCUUACUGUGGAUUAUUGGACUUCAAACCAGACAUUGGCCUAUGUUUUUCUUCGAGGACACUUCAUUGGUGGUGAUUGGAACUUACAUCAUCCCAUUCUCAGUGUUAUGAUGGUGCCUUUUCCUGAUUCUGACAAUUCCUUGAAUCAAACUAUACUCUCUUGCAUAAAUGAUUGGCAUUUGGAGGGUCGGCUAUUCACCAUCACACUUGAUAAGUUAUUCUCAAAUGGGACUUUGAUGGGAAAUCUCAGAUGUCUCCUCUCUGUUAAGAACCCUGUGAUCUUUGAUGGUCAGUUAUUAAGCCAGAACUGUUAUGCCCGUGUGCUUAGUUGUCUUGCAUUAGAUGCACUGUCGGCAAUGAAAGAAACUGUUGGUAAAAUUCGCGAGAGUGUGAAGUAUGUGAAAUCUUCAGAAUUUCAUGAAGAGAAGUUUUUUGCGUUAAAGCGACAGCUUCAAGUCCCUAGUAUGAUGGAGCUCUUAGUUGAUGAUCAAAAUAAAUGGGAUACAGUUUAUCGAAUGCUUGCUGCUGCCUGUGAAUUAAAGGAAGUCUUUGGUUGCUUUGAUGACUCCGGUCCUGAUUAUAAAAUGAAUCUUACUAUGGAUGACUGGAAGCAUGUGGAAAAGCUCUGCAUGUGUUUAAAGUAUUUGUACGAUGCAGCUAACAUCUUAACUAUUCGACCAUACCCAACUGCAAACUUGUUUUUCCCUGAAGCAUCAAACCUUUUGCUAGAGUUGACACACGCAGCAUUCAGCCAGGACCCUUUCUACAGUACACUGGUUAUGCCUUUGCAAGAGAAAUUUGAUCGGUAUUGGAGAGAAAGCUGCCUCAUCUUGGCUGCUGCUGUAGCCAUGGACCCAAGGUAUAAAAUGAAACUUGUAGAAUCCACUUUUGCGAGGAUAUUUGGUCAGAAUUCUGAACCACGGCUAAGAAUUGUUGAGGAUGGUCUACAUGAACUGUUUGUUGAAUAUAUCAUACAAAUGCUUCCUUCUUCAGCAACAAAUGGUGAUGAAGGGAACGAGGCUACUAUAGUGCACAAGCCUGAGCCUGAGCCUGAGCCCAAGCCCUGCCAUGAAGAGUCACUUAAUGGAUCUCUCUUUGCUGAAGAUGGGCUUUUUGAUAUUGAACUUUUUAUAUCUGACUUCACUGGUGACCAUCAAUUUAAUUCAGAAUUGAGUGAGUAUUUGGAAGAACCUCUGGAGCCUCAAGUACAAGAAUUUGAUAUUCUAAACUGGUGGAGAGGAAAGGAAUGGAAGUACCCCACUUUGUCUAGAAUGGCAUCUGAUAUUUUGUCUAUACCUGUAUCCACUCUUUCUGCAGAUUCUGCUUUUGACAUGCAAAUUAGAAAAAUGGAUAGCUAUAGGUGUUCGUUGGGGGCUCUAACUCUUGAAGCCAUUACAUGUACCAAGGAUUGGUUCCAGUACGAAUAAUUUCCUAUGCAUGUUUCAAAUGCUCUUGUGAAGAAGAAAUCUUAGAACAAAUACCUCGUUUA